AUGGCAAGGAACCCCAUCAGUGCAAAGAGUGUGUUCACGACUUUUCGUUUGUGCGAAAGGGUUCCUGAUCGUUCGGCGAGCCUCAGAUGGACAAUGGGAUGGAAAAUGAAGGCAAUAGAACACCCAAGCAGGCAGCCCUCCCAAGAAGCUCACACCCCUAUCAAGCUUGUCCAUCGUCCUGGCAGCAGUUGCCAGCAGCAGAGGAAAUGUGAAGAUGACAGCAAGGCUAAAUGCAAACUGAACCAAAGUAUCAACUGGUCCCGAGGUAAAGAUGUCGUGAGUACCUGUCCUCACAUUGUUGCCCAACGCCAUCCAACAAGUCAAGGAGAAAAAGAUGUACAAGGCAACAAUGCAAAGGGUGGUGUUGCGGUUUCUCUGUCAGAUUCCAAAAAGGCUGCCUCUUGCAGAGGGAGUACAAGCCCUGGAUCUUCGGCUGGAUUUUCUUUUCUCGUCGCUGGAGUUUUGACUUUCGUGUCUGUGGCUCAGGCUUCUGUCAUUCAAAAACAAGAACCCAACAACGACCUUAACACUGCUCAGCAAAUCCCCCUUGCUGCCUUCACUCUUGGAUACAAUCCUAUUAUUUCAAACUCUGCUACGCUUCCUUGGGUAACCAUUGAGGGUACUGGAGAUGGUACUCAUGACUAUUACUCAUUUGUGGUCCCCAAUGCAGCAAUGAUUGCUUCCAUCUUUGAUGUGGACAAUGCGGUGGGCUUUGAUGCAUAUGUCACUCUGUAUGACUCAAAUGGAAACCAAAUUGCAAAUAAUGAUGAUCGGAAUUCUCCUGAUCCUGGCUCAAAUGUACGCCGUGACUCCUACUUGACCUACAACUUCAACACUCCUGGCACAUACACCAUUGUUCUGGGUUCAUGUUGUGGAGAUUUCCCAGGUGGCGCUGUUGCAAAUGGCGACACAUACAAGUUGCACAUCUCCCUGGGUUAUUCGGAAGCUCAGCUUGGAGCUGCUUAUGGUAUGGGAGACCCACACUUCAAGGUAUGA